AUGCCAUCAUUCCGAUUGAGUUCAUUCAUGACGCUCCGCGAUGUACAAAAAAUUCAUCAGAUUGCCAGUUGGCUUUUAGAACACAGCGAUUCAGAUGGACAACGACAAUUUCUUCAAUCCUAUUCGCAAUUUCGAGCUGAAAAUAUGAUGAAACCCUUACAAUUUAUUGCUGAUCAAAUCGGACCAAAUAAUCGAGUCAAAAGUGGGCAAUUUGUAAAGACACAUAAACAAGAAGAUCAAAUUUCUGGUCCUAUAGUUAGUGGGGAAAAUUGGCGAAAAGUUUUACGUGGAAGUUCCACUAAUAAAUUAACGGAAAAUCAAAUUAUGGUUAAAAAGCAAUGUUUUGAUGUUAGUAAAAAUCAUUUAGAAAGAAAAGCAAAAAUUGAUAAAGUUGUGUGGAAAGGAAAAAAUAAUUUAGAGGAUAAUAAAGUUUCUAGUGUAAAGGAUAAGGAAUUAGAUGAACAAAUUGAUCGGAUUGGAAUCCGCCAGUUUGCACCAAUUGCUUUCAGACUUUUUGCUCUGAAAAAAGCAGCGAGCAGGAUCGCUGAUUCUAAUGAUCAACUUCACCGAGAUAAUGCAAUUGCCGUUACCCUUUUUAUGCUUUCAUCUACUGUCGUCUUAAUUCAACUUGAAACAGAGCAAAGUUCGGCCGUUUUUGGUAAUGUCAGUGUUGAGGCAAAAGUGUUAAGGCAGAUUGUUGGCGCUUGUUUGGGUCGUGUUUUAUCACAUGCACUUCGAGUUGUUGAUUCUUAUGAAGGAAGCUUUAUGAUACUUUUGCCUCUUGCUCGUUUCAUGCUCAAACAUGCAAAUCAGCUUGCUUCUCUUUCCGAAGUGCAUCCAAUAAGUAGUGGAACACUAAAUUUACUCAAAGUAUUAGUUCAACAACAAAAAUUGCUCAAUCAGCUUAUACAACGUGCUGAGGUUCAUGAGAGUCCAGGCGCUUUGGCAGUGCAAAUUCUGAAGGCUCUUAGUCAAAAUCUACGUCAAAAGAGUAGUACUUAUGAAGACCCUGCAUUAGCUUCUCUUUUCAUGAUUAACAAUCUUCAAUAUAUUGGUCAAACUGUAAGCCGUGAAAGGACUUUGCUUGCUCUCCUUCAAGGUGAUCAGACAGCAUUUCCUUCUAGUUUCGAAACAGAGGCGGAAAGUUAUUUACAACAAUUUCUGAAAGUUUGGUCUAAGGUCGGUGAGGUUUUCAAUGCUGAUUUGGGGCCAGGAGAAGAGAAACGUUCUGUGAAAUCAAUUUUUACGGUUUUUACUCGGGAAUUUGAUGCAAUCGUUGAACAACAAAAAAUUUAUUGCGUAGCCGAUCAAAUAACAGCUAACAAUGUCCGAAUGAGAAUAAAAAGUCUUGUCUUACAGCCUUUUGUUGAAUUUAGCAAAAAGAAUUCGCAAGAAUGUUCAGAACUUUUUGAAGCCGACAGGCAACUGAAAUAUGAUGCCGAAACGAUUGAAAUGAUCAUCGAUAGAUUGUUUGAUGCAACAUUAUGA